AUGGAUAGCGUGUGUAUCAAUCCUCAGUUCAGCAGAACUGCAUUAUUGCGUGGUAAAGGGAUGGCAAGUCCGAAGUUUGAUGUUCUAAAAUGUGGCACGUGGCAAUGUCUUAGCUCACUCAAUUCUUUGAAGAGUAGUUGCAGUAGAUUCUGUGGCCAACCGAACAUCAAACUUCCGUUGCGCAAAUCCACUCGUGUCCAAUCACUGGUCAUCAAAUGCGAUCACCCUCAAAAUGCAGAUUUUCCUCGUUACUACUCUAAACGGGAGAAAAAACCAUUUCCUGUACCCAUUGUCGAGUUACGCCGAGCUGCCAGAGAGAGGCUGAAAAAUAGAAAGAACCAACCAAGAAGUCCCGUGCCUCCUCCCAAAAAAGGCCUAGUGGUUGGAAGACUAAUUCCUGUUGCGUAUAGGGUGCUGAAUGCAAGAAUCACACUUAUCAACAAUCUUAAAAAGCUCCUGAAAGUGAUGCCUGUAAAAGCGUGCAAGUGGUGCAGCGAAAUCCAUGUGGGCUCGUUCGGGCACCCUUUCAAAUCAUGCAAGGGCUCACAAGCUUCAAUCCGCAAGGGUUUGCACGAGUGGGGCGAGGCAGUUAUCGAGGAUUUGCUGGUUCCGGUCGAGGCCUUCCACCUGUACGAUCGUCUCGGAAAUCGCAUCACCCACGGGGAGAGAUUCUCCGUCCCGAGAAUCCCGGCUCUUGUCGAGCUAUGCAUUCAGGCAGGGGUUGACCUGCCCGAGUACCCGACCAAGAGAAGAAGAAAACCGAUCAUACGCAUCGGGAAGAAGGAGUUUGUCGAUGCUGACGAGAGCGAGCUUCCCGACCCGGAACCGGAAGGCCCGAAGCCCGAAAUACUCGUCGAAAUACCAGAUUCAUCCGAAAUUGUGCCGCCAGCUGGCGAGGAAGAAACUGCAUUGCUUGCCGAGGAAACACUAAAAGUUUGGGAAGAAAUGAGAGCAGGGGCCAAAAGGCUGAUGAAGAUGUAUCCGGUUCGGGCCUGUGGGUACUGCCCGGAAAUUCAUGUGGGCCCAACUGGGCACAAGGCCCAGAACUGCGGGGCCCACAAGCACCAGCAGCGUAACGGGCAGCACGGGUGGCAAACUGCGGUUCUUGAUGACUUGAUUCCGCCAAAGUACGUGUGGCAUAUGCCUGAUGUUAAUAAGCCUUUGGAAAGGGAGCUAAAAAAUUUCUACGGACAGGCUCCUGCAGUUGUUGAAUUGUGCGUGCAGGCUGGGGCUCGUGUGCCGGAGAACUACAAGCCGACUAUGAGGUUGGAUGUGGGAAUACCUACGGAUGUUAGGGAAGCUGAAAUGGCCGUUUGA